UCUAUCGUCAAAAUGAACGUUCGUUUUCCUUCGGUUGUUCUUUUUUAUUUUAUGAUAUGGUGGCAUGGCGGAGUUUUGAGUGAUUCAGGAGAAAGAGUCAUUGAUGAGUCGGACACCGAAAUUACAUCAGUUCCCUACAUGUUGUCAUUGAUGAUGGAUAAUGUACAUGUGUGUGGCGCUGCUUCAAUUAGCAACAACUUGGCUAUAACAGCGGCUCAUUGCGUUAGAGGAACUACAAGUCAGCUUAUAAACAUAACUAUAUGCAGUGGGUCCUCUAAUCUUGAAAACUGUGUCAUUCAUGAUGCGAUCGACGUUUCGAUACAUGAAAAAUACAACACAAACGAUGAAGACUACGACAUUGCAACCAUUAAAGUAACUCCUCCAUUUAGCUAUAAUAAUUUCACAAAACCAGUUGACUUGGCACCAGACAACGCUGAAAACGUUUUUAAAGAAUGGGGUAAAGUCUGCGGUUGGAGAUAUUACUCGGAAGUCGACGGCUUUAUUGAACCAGUUCUGUCUAAAGAUCUGAAAUGCACCAAUGUAUUUCAUGUAAAAAAAGAUUUAUGCUACGAGAAUUCCAUAUACAGAUACAUGCUGACACCUCGAAUGACGUGUUACAGAUUUCAGCAAGGAGUUAAAGACGUUUGUAAGGGUGAUUCCGGAGGACCGCUAGUUAAUAAAGACAAUAUUCUGCUCGGUAUAACCUCAUGGGGAAAUAGUUGUGCCGAUAACAAUUCGCCUGGUGUGUAUACCGACGCUGUGCUACUUCGAAAUUGGAUUAAAAAUAAAAUCAACGAAGAGAAAAAAGUGCCGACAACUUAAAACAGAUAUAUAGUUGUA